CAGCACAGCAGCGGGGAAAACUUUUACUGCAGGAUUAUUAGUGAUGAUGUUUUACCGCAACCCGCGCUGUAAGAAAUAAAACAAGGUUAUCACUGGCGUCCCCCCAGGUCCAUGACAAUCGACAGUUCUCUUGGAGCCGCGUUAAGCCGCAGUGGAGUAACGAACGAAAAUGAACAUCGAUGAGAAAUUCGACGGAAUCCUGAUUCGAUGUGGCACCGUGAGCCUUCACCACGCACAAGUCCUAGCACCCUCUGUGAUGGACAAAAGGGGCGGGCAAGGCAUGGACAUGUCUCUUGGAGAGAAGAGCUUGGCCAAUCAACCGCUCCUCGCGGAUGAAGACGAGGAGGAGGACGAGGAGGAGGAGGACGAAGACCUGACUGGACGGACGUUGAGUUCUCAUAGCCUCAUAUCAAAUGAUGAACUGAUUGUCCAUGAGGGGACUUUGAAUCACAGUGUGGAGGAAGAACAUGAUUUCUCCCAGAGACUCUCCCAUAAGCUGCCGUACAGUCUCCACAUGCCUGUGAAUAUAAAAGAGGAGGAGAAGCUGCCGGGCUCACUACUUCUGAAUCGAAAGGACAAAAGACAAGGAAGGGACCCUGCAGAGUGUCCAAAAAAGAAGAAGAGGAAGCAGCGAUCACCGGCGAAGAUCCUCACCAUUAAUGAUGACGGCUCACUGGUACAUCAGAACCCCAAGUCGCACGUAUGUGAGCAUUGCAAUGCCGCUUUUCGGACAAAUUACCAUCUGCAGAGACACGUCUUCAUCCACACAGGAGAAAAGCCUUUCCAAUGCAGUCAGUGUGACAUGCGGUUUAUUCAGAAGUACCUGCUGCAGAGGCAUGAGAAAAUUCACACAGGAGAAAAGCCGUUUCGAUGUGACGAGUGUGGAAUGAGAUUUAUUCAGAAAUAUCACAUGGAGCGACACAAGAGGACACACAGUGGGGAGAAACCUUAUCAGUGUGAUUACUGCCAUCAGUACUUCUCGAGGACCGACCGAGUCUUGAAGCAUAGACGUAUGUGCCACGAAAAUAAGGAAAGGAAGGCCCAAAAAGCAGCCGCCAAAGACGCCCUUCUACGCAGCGCGGACGCUCUCGCGUUUUCUUGCCCCUCCAAAGAGUGCACGCUACCCAAGAAGAAACGGCAGAAGUCGUCUGAUAAAACCGGCACGUCGAUCACGAACUCUGCCGGGGUGGACAGAGUCUUUGAGGGCGGCGUCGAGGCGAAGGAAGAGGAUAAGCUCUGCAAGAAUGAAUGUCUUCCUCUCUAUGCUGUUGCAACUAAGAUAAAGGACGAGUACGUGGUGACGGAAUAUUCUGUCGAGCUCCCCGAUUCUUCUCCAGGAAACAGGAACCUUACUGGAGAAGCAUCUUCUGAUGAGAUCAUUGCUCCUCCAAAGUUGGUCCUGAAGAAGAUCGGCAGUAAGAAAAGCACGAAGCAGCAGCUGCAGCCUUUGGAACAACCCCAGUCUCUGUCCCCUCUGACUCCAUUCGAGGAAGGAAAGGUCACAAGAUACACGUUUGAGAUUGUGGAUAACAAGGGCCUGUUAGACGUAGAACCAAGUUCUGACCUGGAGACGGUCGAUCCGCUUCACGUUGGGUCGACCAAGCCGGCCGGGAGCAGCACAAACUACGACGAUGCCAUGCAGUUCCUCAAGAAGAAGCGUUACCUCCAGGCGACCACGGCCAAUAACGGUCGCGAAUACACCCUGAACGUGAACAGCAUCUCUUCACAACCCUCGGUCACUCAGGCGGCCGUGGCCCCUGUCAUAGAUGAGACGGUUCCCGCGACGAUCCUGUCCGACACCCAGACUCUGAACGUGGAGAUCAAAGCAAGCCACGAGAAGAACGUCCUACCUGACGAAGUCCUGCAAUCCCUCCUGGAUCAUUACUCCAUCAAGACCAGCGGACAGCCGGAGAUCAGCUUCAGCGUCGCGGACACCGAGGUCACUUCAAGCAUCUCCAUUAAUUCCUCGGAUGUUUCUGAGAGCAGCCCUGCGGAAGCCUUGAGCACCAGCUCUCAAGCGCCCACCGCCGAGAAAGCCAGUCUUCUUCAGGAAUACUCCAAGUUCCUUCAGCAGGCCUUGGACAGGACUAGUCAAAACGACAGCUACCUAAACAGCCAGAGUCUUACCUUCGUGAACGACAGCGCAAGCCUUAGCGGGCCCCUGUUCUCCUCAGACAAACAGUUUGGAUCUCCAAGUCGGUUCAGAUCAGGCAUGAACUCUCCUCUAAGGCUGGACAAAUCGCAUUUCGGGCUUUUGGUGGAUACCCAGCACUCGUUCUCGUUCUCAGGUGACGAGACCAACCCCUCUUCGGUGUCGCCGACGGACGACUUUCUGGAGCAGGUCUCGUCGCCGAAAAAGACGGACUCUCAGGGUAUUACGCAGACGUUCCAGAUCGCCACUUUCGAUCAGAACUUCCGCUCUCAGUGUCAGACGUCUCGCUCCUUGCUGUCUGCGCAGUUCAGCGUCGCCAACGGACAGGUCAGCAUAAGAGGCCACGCCGGAGCGGACUUCCCAGAAUUCUCUCUCGUCAACGUUACCGAAACCAGAACUCAAAUGACCUCAUCCCCAGAUGCUACGAGCAGCCAAACGUUUGGCUAAAAAAGAAAAACAUGCUAUUUAAUAUUUUCAUCAUUAAAAACGCACUUUAUACUUACUCUAGCGAACUGAACUUAAAUCUGCGAAUGUAAUCAGCAUCCUGUCAGAUGUUUAUCUCUGUACAAGCAUUUAAACUGAAGAUGUUUCUCUUUGUAUUCGGUGGUUGUAAUAAUCAUACAAGGGUGAGAAUUAUUUUGGGAAGCUGAUUUCGUUGGUGUAGCACAUUUACAGGGGUUGGACAAUGAAACUGAAACACCUGUCAUUUUAGUGUGGGAGGUUUCAUGGCUAAAUUGGACCAGUCUGGUGGCCAAUCUUCAUUAAUUGCACAUUGCACCAGUAAGAGCAGAGUGUGAAGGUUCAAUUAGCAGGGUA